UACGUGGAAAACGAACCUACCACUGCUGCGCCGGGAGGAGCUGGAAGAGAGUGUUACCGGGGAGAUGGGAGAAGAAAGCAGCAAACUCCUUGAAAAUGUCACAAUGUAGUUGGCAUUUGCCCGUUCCUCCAAAUAGAAACAAAAACAGAGACCUUCCUCCUCAAAAAACGUCACCAUCCAAGGCCCGCCUGCGUACCUAUCCACGUCUCCAGAGAUGGAGCCCUUUCGGUAACUCCAAAAACCUUUUUAAGAAGAAGACUUGGCAGAACCAAUGUAGAAUCAUUCCCCUUUCUUUCUCCCAUUUUCGUUCUGAACUCCCUGUUUUGACCGUUUUCCAGAGUCUCAUCAAAGUGAGAAAAGAAAAGAUCGGAGAGAAAGAAAGAGGAAAAAAAAAAAAUCCCCAAUGGAAAACAGUCUACCAAUCAGCAACAAAACCCAGUACGAAGACCUGCUGCCGGUGAUGGCGGAGAAGCUCGACGUGGAGGGUUUCGUAAAGGAGCUCUGCGGAGGGUUUCAGUUGCUCUGCGACGCCGAGAAAGGGCUCAUCACGGCGGAGAGCCUGCGGGCCAAUUCGGAGCUUGUGGGGAUGGAAGCGAUGACGGAACAAGACGCGGAAGCCAUGGUGAGAGAAGGAGAUCUGAACGGCGACGGGGCGCUGAGCGAGACGGAGUUCUGCAUAUUGAUGGUGAGGCUGAGCCCUGGGAUGAUGGAAGAUGCAGAGGCCUGGCUGGAGAAGGCUCUGCAUCAAGAGCUGCUGCGCUCUGAAUCACUCCUUUGAAAAGGGCCCUCUGGAUAGGGAAUUUUCUUUCUUGCUUUGUUUCUGCUGGUGUGAUUCCUGGAAACAUAAAGGUUCGUAUUUCUUGCUUUGUAAGUCGUUGACUGUUUGAUCGAGUGAAAGAGAUAUUGUAAACCAAUCUUCAAAAAGUUAUUAUCCUUAUAUUUAUAGGAAAACUUAUGGUUAUUAAGUCAUUACGACAGUUAAAUAGAUUAUAAAAAUCGUAAAGUUGUGGAGACAUGUCGUGUAUUAUAUUUAUAGGAAAACUCAUAAAUCUAGCGCUUUACCAUCUAAGUUCCAUCUCAUUGUUGUGCAUUGUGAUCAUAUUGAAAUCUAUACAUGUUUAGUUAAAAAAUAUAAAGUCCAGGUGAAUUUGAAGCCUAUAUUUAACUAUAGGAGUGCAUUAUAUUUAAAGGAUAAUGUAAAAUAAAUUUUAAGAAAUUGAAAAAAAUGUAAUAUUUUAAAAAUCAUGGAGAUGCGGGGUAUCAAUUCCCGUACAUCUCGCAUGCUAAGCGAGCGCUCUACCAUCUGAGCUACAUCCCCUUAUUGUGCAAUUUACUCAAAUUCAAGCAUAUAUCGCUUCCGUUAUAAAUAUAAAAUGCAAGUGAAUUUGAAGCCUGUAUUAUAGCAGUGCAUUAUGUUUAUAGGAGAAUUGAUGACGAUUAUUAAGUCAUUACAUGCUCAACUAAAUAAAUUUUAUGGAGAUGCAGUGAGCGCUUUACUAUUUAUCGUACACUCAUUUGUUAUGCAUUGAGCUCAAAUUGAAGCUUAUAUCUCUUUAGUUAAAAGUAUAAAGUCCAAAUGAAUUUGAAGCAUGUGUAUAUACUAGUGCAUUAUAUUUAUAGGAAAACUGAUGGUGAUUGUUAAGUCAUUACAUGUUCAAUUAAAUAAAUUGAAAAAAUCUGAAAGUUACAAAGAUAUUGGUUAUAGUCGUAUAGAUUUUCGUACAUCUCACAUGCUAAGAGAGUGCUCUCCCAUUUGAGUUACAUCCCGUUGUUGUACACUCUUCUCAUAUUGAAGCCUAUAUCGCUUUAGAUAAAAACAUAAAAUGCAAGUGAAUUUGAAGCCUAUAUUAUAGGAGUGCAUUACAUUUAUAGGAAAAAAUUAUCAUGAUUAUUAAUUCAUAACAUGCUCAAAUAAAUAAAUUGUAUGAAAUCUUAAAGUUGCGUAGAUGCAACAAGCUCUCUACCAUCUAAACUAUAUCCCUUGGUGUGCACUCUGUUCAGAUUGAAGCCUACAUAAGUUUAGUUAAAAAUAUAAAGCCCAAGUGAAUUUGAAGCCUUUACCAUCUACUCUACCAUCUGAGCUACAUCUUCUUGUUGUGCACUCUACUAAGGUUGAAGCCUACAUCGCUUCAGAUAAAAAUAUAAAAUGCAAGUGAAUUUGAAGCCUAUAUUAUAGGAGUGUGUUAUAUUUAUAGGAAAAACAAUGAUGAUGAUUAAGUCAUUACAUGCUUAGAUAAAUAAAUUAUACAAAAUAUUAAAGUUGUGGAGAUGUAGCAAGCGCUCUACCAUCCAAGCUACAUCCUCUUGUUGAGCACUGUGUUCAUUUUGAAGCUUAUAUCUUUUUAGUUAAAAAUAUUUCACGUGAAUUUAAAGCCUGUAUUUACAGGAGUGCAAUAUAUUUAUAGCAAAAAUGACGAUGAUUGUUAAGUCAAUAUAUGCUCAUUUAAAUCAAAUGUAAAAUAUUUAAGAGUUUUGGAGAUGUGGGGUAUCAAUUCUCGUACCUCCCGCAUGCUAAGCAAGCGUUCUACCAUCUGACCUAUAUCCCAAUGUUGUGCACUCUACUCAAGGUUAUAUUGAUUGAGUUCAAAAUAUAAAAUGCAAGUGAAUUUGGAGGUUCUAGGAGUGCAUCUACAAAAGAUAUAAUAGCAAAACAAAGGUUAGAUUUUCAGGGAUUCAAAUUCCCAGCCACCAGAGGGUUUCCCGGAAGGGUAACUUUGUCAUUUCACCUCUGUUAAUUGAACCCUUGCGUUUUGUUGAGGAGAAGAAUGGACAGGCCAAAUCGCCAACCCCGCCAAAUAAAACAGCCAAACGCAAGUCGGCCCACUUACGGUCCCAAACACCCGCUGGUGAGAAUAUGAUGAUCAUGUCACCCUUACUAAAUGAAACUCACCGUUUUGGCUCAGUCCCCCUCACUAGACAGCUCAAUCCAUCGACCGGCCCAACUAAAGCCGACCUUUUUUCUAGGCCUGCCCAUCUACGCUCUCUAGCUCGAUCCCAACACCGUUUGGUCUUCUUCUCUUCCUCACCGUUCUUUUCCCUUUUCCUUCUGGCAAACAUAGCGGAAAACAAGAGCCUCAAUUCCUCAAUUUGGUAUCUCAGCUUCAUAUUUCAAGAUUCCUUAUUGCCAUUGUCAUUCGCUGUGAUGUCGUUCUACUAUGUUGGCUCCAAUUUUGAUGUUUUCUAUUGUACUAUACCUCACUAGGGUUUUUGGUUCGUCAAGGGUCUUCGUGACGGCAACUAUGGCCGCAAAUCAACAUGCUGCCGGUACCUCUACAUGGGGAUUACGUGGUCACCAAGUCCAUCAUUCAAGGAAACAAUGUACUUUCUAUCCCUGUGUUUUUUCCCAUGCCUAUUCUUCACCUACGUGGUCAACGUUUGCACACCAUAUAAUGCUUUGAUUUUCCAGGGUUGAUGCGAGCAAUAUUCAAGCCGCCAAAGUCUCCUUCCACACAACAAAUUGCUGUUGAGCGGGAUCGUCUUAGUCAACGUAGUACAACGACUCCUAAUAGUUGUUAAAUCAAAUGCCGUCAUGUUUAUUGGAUGCAAAUAAUUCCAGUUUUUUUUUAAUCCUUGAAAUACACUAUCUUGAAACACAAUUGCGCCAUAUCGAUCGCAUGAUUGCCUAGGCCAAUCGGCACCGACAACGGGUGAUUUUGAACACACGUUUGCGACUUAUGGUUCAACAUGCUAGACAUGGUAAUCAUCGCUAUCUUUUAGAGGUGUCAAUUUAUUUUGCGAGACGUGAUAUAUAAUUUUAUCUGAUUUCAUUACCCCUACAUAUGUGACCUGCGGUAAAUAGGGAUGGAAUGAAAUUCAAUUGUUUGA